UCCAAAACGCAGGGGUAAAACAAUAAAUCGAAACCUAUCGCUUUAAAUGUUCAAUCUCUCAUACCUCGCAGAUCAGAAAUCGUCGGCGAGAGAACUGUAAACACCUGGCUGUGUAUUUGCGGUUUACCGUCGUUGAUAUUAAUAUUAUUACCAUAUCCAUUCUGUCUGUAUAGAUAGGUCUUUAACACGCACUAAAUAUUGUUUACCAAAGAAAUGGUGAUGGAGAAACCAAGUCCCCUGCUUGUAGGGCGGGAGUUUGUGAGGCAGUAUUACACACUGUUGAAUAAGGCGCCAGACUUCCUGCACAGGUUCUAUGGGAGGAACUCCUCCUAUGUUCACGGGGGUCUUGACCCGAGUGGGAAACUGGUGGAAGCGGUGUAUGGGCAAUCGGAAAUCCACAAGAAGGUCAUGUCUCUGCAGUUCAGCGAGUGCCACACAAAGAUCCGGCACGUGGAUGCGCACGCCACGCUCAGCGACGGCGUCGUGGUGCAGGUACUUGGGGAGCUCUCCAAUAACGGGCAGCCCAUGCGGAAGUUCAUGCAGACGUUUGUGCUCGCCCCAGAGGGUUCAGUGGCCAACAAGUUCUACGUACACAAUGACAUCUUCCGUUACGAGGAUGAAGUUUUUUGCGACUCGGAAGCCGAACUUGACGAAGAAUCGGAGGAGGAAGUUGAAGAGGAGCCAGAAGAGAGGCAGGCAUCCCCCGAGCCGCUGCAAGAGAGCCCCAACAGCAGCGCCUACUACGAGCCUCACCCCGUCGCUAACGGGGUGGAGGAACCAAUGGAGGAGCCGCCUCCCGAGCCGGAAAUGGAGCCAGAGCCUGAGCCCAAAGUCGAGGAGAUAAAGUCCGAAGUGGAUGAGAAGGUUCUGGAAGAAAUGGAGGAAAAGGCUCCCUCGCCAGCCCCAGUGGAGUCUCCACCCCAUGCACAGGAGCCACCCAAGACCUUCUCAUGGGCCUCGGUGACCAGCAAAAACCUUCCCCCAACCGGCACCUCCUCUGGGAUCUCACCCCACGUUGUCAAAGCUCCAAGCUCACAAGCCCGAGUCGACGCCAAGCCAGAGACACAGGCGGCGCCACUCCGACCCCGAGACCAACGUACCCGCGACCGACCGACCUUCCCCCCACGAGGCCCCCGACCAGAUGGCGUACCGUCAUCGGAUGCGCAAAUGGGGAAACCACACCUGAGUUUUGUUAACAAAGGCGGCAGAGGGGAAGGUGAACCCGGUGAAAUGGAUGGCAGGCGAACCGUGCGCUACCCGGACAGCCACCAGCUUUUUGUCGGCAACCUCCCGCACGACAUCGACGAGGGCGAGCUCAAAGACUUCUUCAUGACCUACGGGACUGUUGUGGAGAUGCGCAUCAACACCAAGGGCAUCAGCGGCAAGCUCCCCAAUUUUGGAUUUGUGGUUUUUGAUGACUCUGAUCCCGUGCAGAAAAUCCUUGGGGCCAAGGUAGACGGGCCCAUCAUGUUUCGAGGCGAAGUGCGUCUUAACGUGGAGGAAAAGAAAACUCGGGCGGCACGCGAGCGAGAGAUCCGGGGCGGUGGCGGCGACGACCGCCGGGACAUGAGGCGCAACGAUCGAGGACCCGGAGGCCCCCGGGGCAUCAUGGGAAGCGGCAUGAUGCGAGAGCGCGACGGCAGAGGGCCGCCGCCCCGGGGCGGCAUGGCUCCCAAGCUGGGCAUGGGGUCAGGAAGGAGCUCGGGAGGUCUCGGUGAAGGCCGCUUUACAACCCAGCGCCGUUGAGGAGAAUGGGGAGUUGACCCAUCGACUUCACCCAUGUCAUCUUUGUUUUAUUUUAUUUUUAUUUUUUGGCUCCCUCUUUGCUUUGGAAUGUAAUGCACCCUCUCGAUCUUAUUUAGUUGUGAGCCGAAGAUUCCCCCCGUCCCUCUCUUCUUUUGCUACAGCAAGAAAUCACAAACUUAUUGUUUGUACGUUUUGUCUGAGGAAAGCAACCAGGAGUCAUUGUGUGCCACCUUCGGAGGGACUGAAAGACCUUAAAUACCAUUUAAAAAGGAAAAAAUACCCAGCCGUUAUUCUGGAUGAAAGAGAUUAUCAGACUUGACUUAACCUUCCAUUGCACAUUUUCUAUGCUAGUUACUGUUUGGAAGUUGCAAAAGUUGUGCUGUUCGGAGGGGAAAGACCUGCCUUUUUUCCACCCUUCCAUCUUUUCGAGAGACCACAGUUUUCAAAAUUUGCAUACCGCAUUUGCCAAUAUGCACUCAUGGAUACUUUUUUUUUGUCCCUUCCCCUCUCUUAUGUCGACAUUCUCACUCGGAAAGCUGCCGAAGAGACACGACACAAACGGGGCAGGCCUCGCUGCUGUGACCAAUGUAUACCGAAAAUUUACAUUUUACUGCUGGAUGGACAAGAUUACCUAUUUUUGCCUCGUUUCUAAGUAUAAAUAAUCCAGGAUGUUCAUCAACUGACUAUGUUUGGACGUAGGCGGAUGCGAGUGGUGGGGACAAAGGAUACUGAAGAAUGGAAGAGUGGCGCUCUGGUUUCUUUUCAUUCAAUUUUUAUUUUAUUUUUUUUUGCCAGCUAGGGAUGAAGGACGCCUUUCCUGUCGUCAAAAAGUGACAGAAUAAAUGUACAGCAAAAGUCAUAGUUUACUGUUUCACAUUCCUUUCUUUUGGUAUAUAAAAACAAAAACAACAAAAAAAUGGUGCCUUCUGCGUUCACCUUCUUCGCUCUUACUGAAACGUUGCCAUUUUUGGAUUUUGGUCAGAUUGAAGUUAGUGCUUGUGGUCCACUUCCAUAUUUAAGAUACGACUUUUUGUAAAUAUUCUUUGCUUUUCAGUUUUGAGGGGCCCACCUUAAAAUAAAACAAAGGUACAAUUAUAUAUUUCAUGUUUUUAACAUAGCGCCCAGCCAUUGUAGUUUCAUUUUGAUGUAUUGGAAUCUCCAAAAUCAAAAAAAAAAACUAUUGAAGAUGUGCAGUGUAUUAGCAUAAAACUAUGUAAAACCUGUAGAGGAUUAUGACCAGUCCAAAACAAAAAAAUAGUCACAUUACCCAAGUAUAAAUGUUGACUAAAAUAAAGUAAAACUACUCUCCAUUGGUACUGAGUCGUUGUUACCUAGUAUUUUGUUUGCGUAUACUUGGUGCAUUGAAUGUCAUGAUUUUGGAUUAUUGGGUUGCUCAUAUUGAAGAUGUUCCUGUUUCGUUUCCAUGCUUUAUGGUUAUGUUUAUCCCCCCCCCCCCCACGCCCCUCCCCUACAUUGCUGUCACUGGUACUACUCUGGUGUGGCAAAAUACAAAAAGAUCGACUUUUGAUUUGUUUCCUGGAGGUUGAUCUCACUGCAUAUUUUUUGCUCUCAGGUUCUCAUGUUUCUCAAAAUACAAUUUUGUAGACCACCAACACCUGAGAUUACUUUUCCAGACGUGUUUCUAUUUUUCAUAACCUUGCUUACUGAUUGUGCUUAUUUUUCAUUCAUUUACGCUCCAGGAGUUAUUUUUUCCAGUUUGGUAGUUUCAGCUGCAUAGGAAAAUUCAUUAUUUUGUUUUUAUAAUCUUGCACUGAAAAAGGGGGAACGCGAUGUAGCAACAAAAUAUGGUAAUAAGGUCUUCCUUGUUUGUUGGUAUCGCACUGUUUUGUUUGUUUGGGUUUUUUUCUCUUUCGGAAGGGCAACAUUUCCAGAGACAAUCUGUUGGUUUGAACGCGGCCUCCAAAAUUUACCUGAAUCGGCGCAACCUAUUUUCAGAAAAUAUGUUUUGUUCAAUGCUUUAGUUUGUUGUGUGGGUGUGGCAGUGAAGAUCCCAAAAGCAGACAAAGCUGUAAAUUAUUUGCCUCUCUGAUUGCAAGUAGACUGGAUAGUCACAGUGAAUCAUGCCAGUCCUUAUUGAAUGGAAAUAGAUUGUGUGCUUCAAAACAUGAUAGCCAUCUUUUACUGUGUUAACUGAGCCUUGUUGCUCCAAUACAUUUUUUUUGUUAGUUUCUUUUUGAGUUGACUUUCCAUUUUGAAUGUGUCAGCUAUAAUAAACUACUGAUGAUAUCAGCACCACUCAUAA